AUGCAUGCCACCAAACGAAAGUUCAACGCCCUGAUCCAGGGCAUCGGCACCAAAUCGCCUCAGUCAACCGCCGAUAGACCCUUCACUCCCGACGGCGGUUCGCCUUUGGCACGAACGAACACAUCCCAUUCCGCCUCGUGCGUACCGCAACCUUCCGCAGAUAUGGCCUCGACACCCACACCAACGACACCAAACGCGACGGGGGCCGUCACAGUACCCGCCACAGAACCCCCGCGCUCUUCGAUAUCAGCAGAUUUCUUGGCCAAGCGCCGCCGCAUGGGUGCACUGGGCUCAGUCACGGGAAACGAGAGCGCCCCCAGCAAGAUGACCAUUACGAACAUCACGCUGAAGAAGUGGACACAGAGCGGAAAGGAGAGCAAAAGCCCGGCUGCCAGUACCCCGACACCACAACCCCCCAAAUACUGUCCCGGCGACCGUGACCAGCUCAUUCGCAGGCUGGGUACCUUCCAAGAGCUUACCCAGUGGACCCCAAAGCCCGACAAGGUCAACGAGAUAGAGUGGGCCAAAAGGGGCUGGGUGUGCCAAGCCAAGGAUACAGUCCAGUGCACGCUUUGUCAUAAAGAGUUGGUGGUGAAAACAAGCAAAAGGGAAGUCGAUGGGAAGCAGGUCUCGAUCCUCGUGGGCUCCGAUUUCGAAGAGGCACUAGUCAACAAGUUCGCAGAGUUGAUAGUCGAGGCCCACGACGACGACUGCCUGUGGAGGAAACGGGGUUGUGAUGAUUCGUUACUACGGCUUCAAAUCACAAGCGCGCAGACAGCUCUGCCUGCCUUACGACAACGUUAUGACGAGCUGUGUUCAAGGCCAUCCUUUUUGCCUUACACAUUCAAUCUUCGACUUCCAGAAUCGCUCCCUUUAGAAACCGUAAAAGCACAGUUACCUCCCAACUUCUUUACCAACCCGCCGCCUCCUUCGACCAUCACCCGCAAAGAACCGAACGAUGUAGCAUUGGCACUGGCACUUACAGGCUGGGGAGGUCUGACAAACCCCAAGAUUGGCCCGGUACCCAACUCUGCUUCCUGUGCGACAUGUCUCAGAAGGCUUGGCCUUUGGAUGUUCAAGAGCAAGGAGGUCAACCAAGACACCGGCGAGAUCCUGGUACCUGCACCGAUGGACCACCUCGACCCUGUUCGUGAGCAUCGCUUCUUCUGCCCUUGGCGGAACCCAGAAGCCCAGCGGAACCCGGGAAGCAAAGCUACCGAGCCGAACAAGGCAACAUGGGAGAUCUUGGCGCUGACCAUUAAAAAUGCCGCUUAUCUGAGGGGCGAUACCCCUAGAAAGGACAAGACACCCGGCCAUGGAAGGAGUAAGAGCACUAUCGUACCAGGCACGCUACGCACACCGACCAAGGGUCAUGCGCCGACUGCGAGUGAGGGUGCGAUAGUCUCGCCUCUCUCCAUGAUAGAGCCGGACACGGUGGAAGACGACGAAGAAGACGAGAAGGUGAGGGACGCAAAGGAUAAGGAGAGAUGGGCGAGGUUGAGGAGGGUGAAGAGCUUGUUUAAUACUAAGGGUGGCCGGAGGAGUCGGCCGGGGACGGCCAAGAGUACGGCAACGACAGGGGAAGGUGGAAAGGAAUAA